CGAAGACCCGAGGAUCUGGGAAAGAUAGCCGUUACGCAAGCGCAGAACAAUUCGCUGGCCGCGCAAUGCCGCGUGGGUCUUGUAGUUUCUUGGCUGGGCAUGACCGGAAGGGAGGAGAGAAGGGCGCAUGGCAUGGCGGGAGAUAUAGUCCUUCCGGGAAGUCCCUCCUCCUUCGGAAGACUGGCGGCGCAGGCGCAUACUGCUCUUCCUUAAGGGCGGGAGUCUCGGUUUGUGGUGGCUUUGCUGAGGCAGUUGUGGCCGCACUACCGUUAGAAGCUCAGUUUCCCGGAGGCUGUAAGUCCCUUUGAGGCGAAAUGGCUCGGGGCGAGAAAGGAGCAGACUUUGGCAAUGGAAGGACCGCCGCGACCUCAGGCUGACCGUAGGGAGGGAUCUUGAGGGCCCUCCGAGUCCCCUGGGUUUGCGCUUUCUUUCUUCGCAGCUGCCGUGCCUACCGCGAGGAUGAGCUCGGCUUCGAUCACCGCUUUCGAGAAGGAGCAUCUCUGGAUGUAUCUGCAGGCACUCGGCUUCGAGCCAGGCCCGGCAACCAUUGCCUGCGGAAAGAUCGUGUCGCACACGCAUCUCGGAGUGAACAUGUUUGACAAGCUGAACCGUGAUGCCUUUCAUAUAGUUUCUUAUUUUUUGUUUCAAGUUCUGGACCAGUCUCUCACCAAAGAAGUUUUCAACCACAAAGCAAGAGCACCCACAGGUGAAUGUGGAAGUAGCUUUCCUCAAGUUGUUGGUUCACUAUUUCUUUCUCCUGGUGGUCCUAAGUUUAUUCAUCUGAUGUAUCAUUUUGCAAGAUUUGUUGCAAUGAAAUAUAUUAAAUCCAAUUCUAAAAAUUCUUCUCAUCAUUUUGUAGAGACAUUUAACAUAAAACCACAGGACUUGCACAAAUGCAUUGCCAGAUGCCAUUUCGCACGUAGCAGAUUUUUACAAAUUUUGCAAAGAGAAGAUUGUGUUACCCAAAAAUAUCAGGAAAAUGCGCAAUUAUCAGUUAAGCAGGUACGAAACUUGAGAUCUGAAUGUAUAGGACUGGAAAACCAAAUAAAGAAAAUGGAACCCUAUGAUGACCACAGUAAUAUAGAAGAAAAAAUUCAAAAGGUUCGGUCUUUGUGGGCUUCAGUGAAUGAAACGCUCAUGUUUUUGGAAAAAGAGAGAGAAGUUGUUAGUUCGGUCCUUAGUCUUGUUAACCAAUAUUAUGCUUUAGAUGGAACUGAUGUUGCUAUUAAUAUUCCAAGGCUCUUACUUGACAAGAUUGAGAAACAAAUGUUUCAGUUGCACAUAGGAAAUGUUUAUGAGGCUGGAAAACUGAACCUCUUAACAGUUAUUCAGUUAUUAAAUGAAGUCUUGAAAGUGAUGAAAUAUGAACGUUGUCAGGCUGAUGAGGCAAGAUUGACAGUAGACCUUCACUACCUUGAAAAAGAGACCAAAUUUCAGAAGGAAAGAUUAUCAGAUCUGAAGCAUAUGAGUCUAAUUAAAGGUUGGACUCCAUCUGUAGAUCUUUUACCACCAAUGUCUCCCCUUUCAUUUGAUCCUGCCUCAGAAGAAGUAUAUGCAAAGAGUAUUCUUUGUCAGUAUCCUGCUUCACUUCCAGAUACACAUAAGCAACAUAACCAAGAAAAUGGUUGCAGAGGAGACAGUAAUACCUUGGGAGCUCUACAUGAUCUAGCCAACAGCCCUGCCUCUUUCUUGUUGCAGUCAGUUUCAUCAUCAGAUAGAAACAGUGUUACACUACUUGAAAAGGACACAAAGAUGAGAACUCCCAAAGAAAAAAACGAAGCAAUUUCUAAGAAAAUACCAGAAUUUGAAGUGGAAAAUUCUCCAUUAUCAGAUGUUGCAAUGAAUACAGAGAGUAGUACAUUUGGAGAGUCUCUGCCAGCUAAAAAAAGUGAUCCAUUUCAAAAAGAGCAAGAUCAUCUGGUAGAAGAGAUUGCCAGAGCAGUUUUAUCUGAUUCACCACAACUCUCUGAAGGAAAUGAAACAAAAUUAGAGGAACUAAUGGACUCUCUGGGUUCUAACCCCUUCUUAACAAGGAAUCAGAUUCCCCGAACUCCAGAAAACUUGAUAACUGAAAUUAGGAGCUCAUGGAGAAAAGCUAUUGAAAUGGAAGAAAACAGAACUGCAGAACCAACUCAAAUGGAUGCUGAACAUAGAGAAGUAUUGCCAGAAUCAUUACCUGUGUUGCACAGUCAAAGAGAAUUUAGCAUGGACGAUUUUCUCUUAGAAACCACUGUGUCAGAUUUUGGCCAGUCUCGUUCGACUGAAGAGAAAGUUGUUUCAGAUUGCAAGUGUGUGCCUCAGAAACCUGUGCUGACCAGUCACAUAGAUGAACCACCAACACAAAGUCAGUCAGAUUUGUUAAAUAAGAAAGUAAUUUGCAAGCAAGAUUUGGAAUGUUUAGCCUUCACCAAGCUUUCAGAAACUAGCCAAAUGGAGACAUUCUCCCCAGCUGUUGGCAAUAGGAUAGAUGUGAUGGGUGGCAGUGAAGAGGAGUUUAUGAAAAUAUUGGACCACUUAGAAGUUUCUUGCAACAAACCUUCCACAAAUAAAACUAUGUUGUGGAACUCUUUUCAGAUAUCAAGUGAAAUUAGUUCUAAGAGUUUUAAAGAUAAUGAUUUUGGCAUAUUACACGAAACUCUUCCGGAAGAAGUUGGUCACCUAAGUUUUAAUAGUUCCAGUAGUUCAGAGGCCAAUUUUAAACUGGAGCCAAAUAGUCCUAUGCAUGGUGGCAUUCUUCUAGAAAAUGUUGUGGGAGGGAGACAGACUACUCCAGAAUCAGACUUCAAUAUACAGGCUCUUCGCAGUAGAUACGAGGCUCUGAAGAAAUCUCUUUCCAAGAAAAGGGAAGAAUCUUACCUCUCGAAUUCCCAAACACCCGAAAGACACAAACCAGAAUUGAGCCCUACUCCCCAAAAUGUACAAACAGAUGAUGUGCUUAACUUUUUGGACACCCGUGAUUUGCAUACUGACCGUACAAAGACAUCUUUACCCAUGUCCAUCGGUGAAAGAAAACGGUCUCUUUCACCACUAAUUAAGUUUUCUCCAGUGGAACAAAGAUUGAGGACCACAAUAUCAUGUAGUCUUGGAGAACUACCUAAUUUAAAAGAAGAAGACAUUUUGAAUAAGAGCCUUGAUGCAAAAGAACCACCAUCUGACUUGACAAGAUGAAGACAUACCUAUUUAAUAUAACUAUGAUGCACUUAAAUUGAAGCUAUGCCACAGGAUAGAAACUGAAUUAUAACUUAAAUACAUGUUGGAAGUGUAACACUGUUUUUCAAGGUUUUAAAAAAAUUCCAAAUGCCUUUUAGCCUUCUUUAAUAUUUUUAGGUAAGGAAAGUAUGUUUGGAUUUUUUUCUCUUUGUAGGUAUAUGAGAUUGAAAUAUGAAGUAUUUGGAAAACAAACGUCAAGCAAUGGGAAGCCAUUUUGAUUUCUUGAGUAAUCUUGUAAGCAUUAAGUGGAUGACAAAGUAGUAGUGUAACUAAUUUCUUAUGUUAUAACUUCAGUCAGUUAAUAUAAGGAUGAGUAGUUUUUGUUGUAUGUUCACUAAGUGGUUAAUAGCCAUUGAAUAUACUAAUCUUUCAUCAUAGAGAACUAUACAACUUUUAUUGUUUCUUUAUGGAACAUUCUGGCUGACCAGAAAAAGUGAGAAAAGUAGUACCUUGGGAUGUGUAGUCAAGAUGACAAACUUUAAGACUGGAAAAGCUCUAAACAAGCUUAAUGAUUAUUCAAGUAGAGUGAUCCUGAGAAGUGAUGUUUGGUGGAAUAAAGUGCAUGUGAUGAUUAAGUGAAGACUGGGGCAGAAUGAUUUAAAAAAAGGAAAAAGAUGGAAGAAGAUGAGUAGACACUUGUAAGGAACACUGUCAAACUAUAAAUCCAUUCAGUGGGUUGUAUAACAUUUAUAUUUAGUCUAAUUUAGACUUUGAUAAUUUAACUUAAUCCUACUUUUAUAUUUUAACAAAAAUAUAAAUUAAAAUUUUCAUUAGUCUGUUUUAUUGUUGUUGGGUUAUUUUAUACUCCCUGUUGAGAGAAAGGAACAAGGAACAACCAUCAAAAUUCCUCAGUCCCUACAGAAUAGCCCCACAAUAACUUGAGAAAACUGAACCUAGAGUUAAAUAACUUGUCACACUUGUAGUCUCCUGCCUCACUCCUUCAGGUGCCCUGCCUAGAAAAAGACUUGGGUCUAGCAUCCAAGUGAACACAUACUAUUGCCCUCUGUUAACCAGGAGGAAUGGAACAGACACUGGAAGGGUGAUAGUACCUACAAUACCCUUUGUAGUCCCCAUCUCACAGCCAUCAAAAUCUUGUCCACUAGCCCCCAAAAAACUGGCAAGGAAAGAAGGUGGAGGGGAAAUUUAUGGAAGUAGAUGGCUUAAUAGUUCAUCUCUCUUCAUUUAUCUUGGACUGCCUUUCUGUAAGUUGUUUGUGCUGACCCAGUGUGAAGACUCAUCUUUUUGUGAGAAAAGACAAAAUGAAGCACAUGUAACUACCUUAUUUGCAAUGGAAAAGGAGAAGAAAAAAAUCUUCUAAGUUGCUGUUUUCUUUUAUUAGUUAAUAAAACAAAUCAGGGACUAUGCAGGUCUAUGGGGAAACCUUUAGUCUGCUUUAAGAAAACUCAGUAUCUGAAAAUCUUAGCAUGUAACGCUAUCAUAUCAGCAUCUGCAGAAGUGCCAAGGCCAUUGCUAGACACUUAAUGUGUAUUAUUUCAUUUAAUUAUAUUUUAAAUGUGCUUCCCUAGUAAUUCUUAAGCUCAAGAAAGAGUUUGAGAACUGCUGCUAGGAAAUAGAGAUUCACAUUGAACCCUGUGGUACUUUUAAGAAGCAGGUAUGUUGUUAUAUAUAUACUUCGGUAGAGAUUGUUAACUAUCGAUAGGGAAGCUCAAGUUCGCCACUCAAGUCUGAGAAACCCUUAAUUACUGAGAAUCAAAUGAGCAGAAUGUCUGUAGACAUUUUGGAUUUGUAAAAAUCACGUUGUUGAGUUAUACCUGUGAUAGGCUGAAAGUUUUUGGCAUUCUUUCCUGUUCUUCAUAUGCCAGUAACAUAAACAAAAAAUAUCUCAGAUCUAUCACUUUCUUCUCCUAAACCAAAGUGAUUGCGGCUUUUUGCCUGCAGCCUUUUCCCUAUCCAAUAUCUCCUGCAUAGUUACCUUUUGAACUUAAGAACUGUGUUGAUUGGGUCACUUCCUUGCCUAAAAUUCCACUAAUGGUUCAUUGUUAAUUCUAAAACAGAGUUCAAAUUUAAAGGCAUGUAAGUUCCCCUAUAGCAGAUUUCUUCUAUUCCCCCUUCCACUGUAAUCUCCCUUUUUUUUUUUACUGAAAUGCUUCAGUGAGCAUGGGUCUUUAGGGGUCUUGGUUUACAAUUUUUCUGAAGCAGGAAUACCUUGCCUUCCUCUACUGGUUUACCACAAUUACAGCUCUCUUUUAAGCCUCAGAAAAAAUGUCACUUCCACCUUGAAGUCUUAAUCCACGCUUUUUAUAUCCAUGUGCCUAUUCCUUCUCUGAAAUCUCCUAUGGUAUCUUAACUUUUUAUUCAUUUUAUGUCCCACUAAUUGAUUUUAUUAUAUAUUUUUUAUGGUUGCAUGUGGUCUCUCUAGUUAUAGCAAUAUAUACAUACAUACAUACAUACAUACACAUGUAUGUAAAUGUGUGUCGGGAGUAUGUAUUCACACACAGAUACCCCAAGGCCAUGUGUCAUCUUUAUCAAUUGUUUAAGUUUUGGAAUUGUUUAGUUUGCCUCCUAUAUCAUGGAAUAAAUGGUAAAGAGGGCUAAUUCAUUACUGUAAGUGGAUUUCUCAUUACAUUCAUAUCAGACAUUAUAUAGAAUGUACUGUUUUGUUCACUGUUUGUAAGAUACAAAGGUGUAUAAACUGACUUCUACAUCAGCUUGAAACCUGAGAUAAUGUUAAAAUGUUCUAGUUAUUUUAAAUGUUUAAAGAGAACCACCAUAUAAUGUUGCUAAACAUGAAAAAUGUCAUCAAGUGGAAUAAAGAAUAGUUGAAGUUAACAGUUGGGGGAAAUUGAACUGAAAACAAAAAUACGAGUAUUUUGAAACCUUUUCUUUACCAUGAGUCUCUUGACUAUGAAGUCAAAUUUAUCUAAAGGAAAAACAGGAAUUCUGGAGACCUGUGUAAAAGCAGACUAUUAUCUUCCUACUGUGAGUGUACUAAAAUUAAAAUAUGUUUAAUGACGUUUUCCUCAAUGUAGAAGUAUUGAAGUAAAUGUUUCUUUUAUGUUGCAGAUACAUAGUUGCUCUAGAGAUCACCUUUUUCUUUAGGCACUGUGAAUAGCAAGUCCGCAUCCUAAGUUGAAAAUAUUUGAGAAUCCUCUAUGGGAGUCUUUGUAAAUAUUUUAAAUACUGUUGUUUUCAAUAAAUAUUUUAUACU